CGCAGCUGUUAUGUCAUUUUGACAAAUUUGUUUUCGAUGUUUAUAAUUCUGACUAACCUUUCCUUAAUCAAUAAAAUAUUAAACUAAACUAAAACAUAAAUCACAAAGAUGUUCCUAACACUUAAACUUCUUGCUAACAGACAUCCUUCGUUCGUUGCUCGAACAGUAUUUGUAAAGAACAACAACGUAGACGACGCAUGCAGACUCGUGAACAGGAUUCUUGGCAAGGAAGGCAUCCUGGAGCAGUUUCGUCUCACGAGAUAUUAUGAAAAACCUUUCCAGACAAGGCGACGAGUCAACCAUGAGAAAUGUAAGGCAAUUUAUAAUGAAGAUAUGGAAAGAAAAAUCCACUUUGUGCUUAGAAAAAACCGACACGAGCCAUUCCCUGGAUGUCAUUGAUGACUUAGUUUAUUAAAAUUUUAAAUACUAGAUUUAACAAAUAGUAGUUAGGAAAUCUAAAUUAUAAAGAUUACAUUAUUUAACAAAAUGUUAUAUUGUAAUGUGUAAUAAAAAUAUUCAAUCAAUAUUCUUUGUAAUUCUGUUGAACUGCCCUCAUGAAAUAAGUGUUAUUGUAAAAUUACCAGAUCAUUAUA